AUGAACCGCCCGCCGCCGCCGCGCCCUGCUGCCCAGCAAAUGGUCAAACCGACCAGCCAGACGGCCGCCGCCGCCGACAGCAAGCGAGUCAAACGAUGGGCCCCCCGGGGCAAGACGGGCUGUGUCACCUGCCGCCGCCGCAAGGUCCGGUGCGACGAGGCCAAGCCCAUCUGUGACAACUGCGUCGCCACGCGCCGGUACUGCGCCGGCCCGUACUAUCAGGACUCGGCGCAGGCGACGGCCGACGGGACCAAGAACGCCGCCGUCGUCAUACCACGCUUGCGCGGGACGGCGCCGCCCCGGAGCGUGCGGCCAACGAACCACCGCGGGUGGGAGAUUGCGCCUCACGGCUGGGAUGUGGUCGAGGCUUUUGAAUAUCUCGGCCUUUACAUCAUACCGCAUAGCGUGGCCAUGGACGUCAUGGCCACCCGGCCCGCUACGCCCGUUGCGCUGGCCGCCUACCCCGGCUCCGUCAACUCCGACUCAUUUCUCGCGCGCGUCAUUGCCGAUCGAAUCGUGUGGGUGUCGUGCUGCCAGCGGACCGCGCUCAGCCCGAGCACGCUGCACGGGACGAGGGACCUGUGGUGCAAGUUUCACGACCUCAUCCAGAAGCACCUGGCCCAGCUCAACUACGACCUGACCCAUGUUCAGGGCGAUUUUCUAGCCAACUCCGUUGUUGGCAACAGUGUAUCCAGAAUCGACAAGCAGCUGUCCAGCAUAUACGAAUUCGACGACACCGAGAUCGUCAACCUCUUUGGGGAGACGUGCUUCACGCCCUUUCCCUGCCCCAAGGCGCUCUUCGCCGAGCUCGCCGCCAUCAACCGGCUGCGGCUCACGCUGUCGACGGGCACGACCGCCGGCCUCCCCAUGCCCGAGACCAACGCCGUCUUCAAGCGCAUCCAGGCCUUCCACCCCGAGACGUGGAAAGACACGGCCGAGUUUGACAUUCCGCACACGCCCGAGGUGGUGCUCGUCGCGCGCAUCUUCCAGCUCGCCGUGAGCCUGUACGGCAUCCAGGCGCUCGGCCUCGAGCACGUCGACUCGAGCGCGCCCGACAAGGCGGCGGCCACGGCGGACCUGCUGCUGCUGCUGCACAAGACGCUCAAGUCGCCCAAGUGCGUGAGCGUCAUGACGUGGCCGUGCGCCGUCGCGGGCGUCGCCGUCGCCGACGGCCCAGAGGCGAACCGCAACCUGGUCCUGGAUAUCUUGGUGAGGAUCGACUCGGACGUGCUGGCGUACGGCAUCGCGGCGCACACGAUUGAGCGGCUGCAGGCCUUUUGGCUCACCAAGAAGACGGGCUGGGAAGAGUGCUGGGGCGACUUUUACCUGCUCUGGUAA